AUGGGGUCACUAUGUGGGGGGAGCAACAGCUGCCCCCCGUUGCUGGAGGAGCAACAGCUGCCCCCGUUGCUGGAGGAGCAACAGCUGCCCCCGUUGCUGGAGGAGCAACAGCUGCCCCCGUUGCUGGAGGAGCAACAGCUGCCCCCGUUGCUGGUGGAGCAACAGCUGCCCCCGUUGCUGGUGGAGCAACAGCUGCCCCCGUUGCUGGAGGAGCAACAGCUGCCCCCGUUGCUGGAGGAGCAACAGCUGCCCCCGUUGCUGGAGGAGCAACAGCUGCCCCCGUUGCUGGAGGAGCAACAGCUGCCCCCGUUGCUGGAGGAGCAACAGCUGCCCCCGUUGCUGGAGGAGCAACAGCUGCCCCCGUUGCUGGAGGAGCAACAGCUGCCCCCGUUGCUGGAGGAGCAACAGCUGCCCCCGUUGCUGUUGCAGGUACCUGUUUCUUAA